AUGACAGAGGACUCACUUUGGGCGCAAUUCUUUAGAAGGAAAUAUGUGGGUGAAGGACACCUCUCUUUGGUUAACCCUGACAAAGGCACUUGGUUUUGGAAAGCUGUCUUUAAAUGCAUUCCAAUGGUUCUUGAACAUUCGAAGUGGUUGAUUAAAGAUGGGAAUGUUUCAUUUAGGUAUGACAAGUGGGUUGAUAACGGUCCAGUAUGUUAUGAUUUUCCAGUUUUGGCUUAUCCUAAGUUGAAAGUCUUGGACUGUAAAAUUGAGAAUGAAUGGGAUAUUGAGUUGCUGUACCGUCUAGUGGGAGCAAGUAAAGUCGAGGAGUUGUGCUCGUUUUUGGCAAGUCGCAGAGCAGGAAAGGAUGUACUAGUAUGGACUAAGAGUAUGGAUGGGUCCUUUUCAUCCAAGUGCACCUGGGACUGUGCGAGAGUAAGAGAACUAGAAUCGCGUUGGUUGGAGUGGAUCUGGCAUAAAUUCAUACCUACGAAAGCUUCAAUUAUUAUGUGGAAGGCAUUACAUGAGUGUGUAAGUGUGGAUGAUCGAAUCCGUAGAGUGGGAAUUCCUAUGGUAUCUAGGUGUGAUUGCUGUCAGGAAGGGGCCUAUGAGGACUUGAAUCAUGUUCUGUAUGCAGGGGAGUUUGCUAAGGACAUUUGGUAA